UACCUGGUUUUAAUUUUAUUAAAAUUCAUCAGUUUAAAUGGACUGUAGAGCUAAGCUGGCUCCUCAGUGCAUGACUAAACUGCCCUCUAGUGGCAGAGAUUGGAAAUGAAGGGUGUGCCUGGAUGACUCAUGACAAGAAAGAAGAUGGAUGGAUGGAUGGAUGAAUAGAUGGAUGGUGAAUAAGUGUCAUCAGUAUUCCAAAAUAUUGUGGUAUCUCUUUAUGCAUACAUUCGUCUACAACUAUAAAUCUGUUGCACAGUUAGUCUCAGUCAGGUUCAUCAGAUCAUGACUUGUGGUGCAGAAGCCAAAUCUGAUGAGUCAGCAAUGGCUGCAACAUGCAGGGCACAACACCACUGCAAAAUCACAAUGUGAAUUAGGCCUAUCUGUCAUUUUUGUGAUUUCCAAGAAUUUCAACUAUAUUCUGCAUAUUUGAGUGGUUGUUCAGUAGCAUCCACAUUUGUUUGAACUGUGAUUAACUGCAUUCUAUAGUGCUUUCUAUCUAACAGCUUCCUCUUGAAUGUUGGUUGUCCUACAUCUUUUUCUUUCUAAGGACUUGUAUGUAAAUUAAGGCUAUUUAAAUAAACAGGACUAUAGCCUUAGCAUUAAAGAGAAUUAAUUGAAAAUAAGAGGUAUUAAAUAGGACUUAACUUUGAGUUUUAUAUUACAAUUUUAAUGUCUAGUAAGGGCUGCCUCCCAGUAACCCAUGGCAACCGUACAAACUGUUGGAGGAGGAGCUGCAAUUGAAUUGUCUUGUAGUGAUUGGCUGAAACAGGUGUCCUGAGGUUCUGUAGUGAAUGACGACGGAAGUAUGCAUGUUUGUGUGUGUGUGUGUGUGUGUGUGUGUGUGUGUGUGUGUGUGUGUGUGUGUGUGUGUGUGUGUGUGUGUGUGUGUGUGUGCAGUGCUUCAACAACUCAGGACCAUUAUCUAAGCUACACAAUGACCCCUAGGGACCGCUCUAUUAACCGGAAAGUGGUUUGGAGAAAUGUAUUAAAUAUGUUCACUCUUUACUGCAUCAGUCAUACAUGCAUUAUUAAUGGGAUGGAUCCUUUGUUUGUUUCUUUACCCAGACUAUCUUUCUCUCUCUUUUCCCCUCAGUCCAACAGUAGCCAAAGCACAAACUCUUUUAUUCGCGUGUUAGGGCACACGUUGUUGUUAUGGAAACUGGGAUUUUGGAUCUAUUAUUAUGAGGCCGCUUUGGAGAAGUGAAAAUAAUGGUCUUGUGUCUGCACUGCAAUUUGGAUUGUUCACUGAAAUAUGUGCUGCCGCCCAAGAAUCUUUUAUAGAUGUUUUUUAUUGAUAUAAAUAGGGUAGCCUACUUGCCAAAACGUGAUGAGAACAGCUACAUAACAUUUUUGUUUACCCUUACUUGAACGCAAACUCUUAAAACUUCGAAACAAGCGUAUUUUAAGGCUUUAAAGAUUUUUUUUCUUGUCCACAAAACAAUGUAACCAAAGUCAGGGGCUGUUCAUAUCGAACGCGUCUUUGCGCUAAAAAGGCUGAGGCUGACGUGACGUCGUCGUCGUCGUUGUUGUUGUUUUCAACAGUUAAAGUUAUUUUAAAGGUGCCAAUUCUUUUUUCUACUUUUCUAUUUUUUAUUUUUUUUUAUUUAUUUAUUUAUUUUUUUUAAAUAAAAUGCAAGCAGAAAAUGUCCAUAUUCCUCAAAUAUAUCAAUGAAACGGAUACAAUGAAAUAUCACAUCUGUCGCUGUGACAUCUCUCUGUAAACGGUGGGGGGAAAUAAUAAUAAUAUAGCCUAUUUAUAUUGGCCGCGGUCCGCGGUCAGUGUGAUGGUUGUUAAUACUCGUUAAAUUUGAGAACGCUAUUGUGUUACGUGAAGUUCCAGAAUUGUUAAAUUGCUUGCUGCACCUUGAAAGGAAUAUUCCGGGUUCAGUACAAGUUAAGCUCAAUCGACAUUUGUCACAUUAUGCACAAUGCAACUCGUCCCAACUUUUCUUUAAAAAAUGUUUUGGGCGGGACGGUCAAGACGUCCGUGUUCGGUGUGAACGGGCCCCUUGGCCCACACGGAAAGCGUUCUUGCGUUAAAAACAGCUACGGAGCUUAAUGGAAUGGAACGUGGGGAACUCGAAAGGUGUCAACUAUUUAAACUUGAUGCAACGCCCAUGGCUCGAAACGUUCAAAUAAAUAAAUAAAUAAAUAAACAGCGAGAGGCGAGGUAACGGCCAGCACAAAAAGCAUAGAAGAACGGAAGAACGCUGGUGAACGGCCCCUGUAGUCACAUAAACAUUAAAUUAAAGCCACGUCAGUGAUUCGUCGCGGAUCUGGCGUGUGGUGCUGAAAGGACAGCGCCCUUAACUUUCAACCUGCAUGGGCGUGGCACUUCAACUAGGCUACUCGUGGAGCAAUGAUUCGUUAUAACACCACAAAAGAAAAAGGAAUUGUGCAGUCAUACAUUCAGUAAACCUAAUGUACAUAUUUGUCUCCUCACACAUCUACCAUUUCAGCCGUGUUCAUGGGCGUGUUCACCAAUCAUAUUGUCUAUGCCAACAAUGGUGUCGCACAGCACAAAGGAUAUUAAGUAGGAAAAAAGAGCCCUUAGAUAUGGACUCAUUGCAUCUUUAACCCUCAAAAAUCCGCAUCACUUCCGUUGUUUCACUUCUCAGCCCUCCAGCAGAGCGUCACCACAUACACUGUUCUCACAUCUACGGUAACAUCAUCUCUGAAUUUUCUGCAAUCUACAAUCUGACAUCACUUAAAUUUAUCACUUUUUUUUGUUUGUUUGUUUUUUUUUUUAAUUCCUCGGAUAAUGUAUCAAAUGUAAUACAUUUAACAGUUUGCGUUAUUUGCGCAAAUUCUUAAGGUUUUGUGUUGUUCAACAGAUUGGAGAAAAUUGUUGUUUAUAAAUGAGUAAGCAUAAAUUUUCUAAUAGCGUUUUCAAAAGCAAAUUAAUAUGUACGGUUGAAUGGUAAUGAAACCCAGCAUAAAAGAAAAAAAGAGAGAGAGAGAGAGAGAGAGAGAGAGAGAGAAAAUAAGAAUCAUACCGUCUGACCAUAUGAUGCUGUUUCUAGUGUUGACAGAGCAUCCUCCUCUGGUCUAACAGGAGGUUUACAUGCCUUUGCACACAGAAUAGUUCUCUAACAGAAUUCACUGAGAGAAAUGUCUGCCACCGGAGAUAUGUCUGCCUUCUUCCAGAACAUGGGGAGCUCCAGUCCCAACCAGCCGCGGCAGAAAUUUUGUGGCAUGUUCUGCCCGGUGGAGGGUUCGGCAGAGAACAAGACGCUGGACUUUGACUCGCUGUCCUCAGGGAAAGGUCAAGUGAUAGAGAGGCAGAAGGAUAUCUCUGAAGCACGAAAGGUGGAGAUCAGAAGAAGUGCCGGUAAGGAGAUUCUCCAGAACCUAAACGACGAGAGUGACCGUCUCCUGAUUAAAGGGGCUAAGAUUGUGAACGAUGAUCAGUCGUUCUGUGCCGACAUCUAUAUUGAGGAUGGCUUGAUCAAACAAAUUGGAGAAAAUCUGAUAGUGCCUGGUGGGGUAAAAACCAUCGAUGCUCAUGGGGGCAUGGUGAUGCCAGGUGGCAUUGAUGUGCACACACGCUUCCAGAUGCCCGAUAGGGGCAUGACUGCAGCGGAUGACUUCUACCAAGGCACCCGCGCCGCCCUGGCUGGUGGAACCACCAUGAUCAUUGACCAUGUGGUGCCCGAACCUGGGACGAGUCUGAUCUCUGCCUUUAAUCAGUGGCAUGAAUGGGCGGACAGCAAAGCGUGUUGUGACUACUCCCUCCAUGUGGACAUCACCGAAUGGCAUAAGGGUGUCCAGGAGGAGAUGGAGGCACUCGUCAGAGAUCAUGGAAUUAACUCUUUCCUCGUCUACCUGGCUUACAAAGAUGUCUUUCAGCUCACUGAUUCACAGAUCUAUGAAGUGUUCAGUGUCAUUCGGGAUCUUGGCGCAAUCGCUCAGGUUCAUGCAGAAAAUGGAGACAUCAUAGCUGAGGAACAGCACAGGAUCCUGGAGUUGGGUAUCACUGGACCAGAGGGACAUGUCCUCAGCCAUCCAGAAGAGGUGGAGGCAGAGGCAGUCAACCGCUCUGUAACAGUGGCCAAUCAGACCAACUGCCCUCUUUACAUUACCAAGGUGAUGAGUAAGAGUGCUGCUGAUGUCAUCGCCCAUGCCAGGAAGAAAGGCACCGUUGUGUAUGGAGAGCCAAUCACAGCAAGUCUUGGCACAGAUGGAUCGCACUAUUGGAGCAAGAACUGGGCCAAGGCUGCCGCCUACGUGACGUCCCCACCCUUGAGUCCAGAUCCCACCACACCAGACUAUCUAAACUCACUGCUGUCAUGUGGGGAUCUGCAGGUUACAGGCAGUGCUCACUGUACCUUUAAUACUGCCCAGAGAGCUGUGGGUAAAGAUGAUUUCACCCUUAUCCCUGAAGGAACCAAUGGCACUGAGGAAAGAAUGUCCAUCAUCUGGGACAAAUGUGUGGUAACUGGAAAAAUGGAUGAAAAUCAGUUUGUAGCCGUCACCAGCACCAAUGCAGCUAAGAUCUUCAAUUUGUACCCACGCAAGGGUCGCAUUGCCGUGGGCUCAGAUGCUGACCUGGUGCUUUGGGAUCCUGAUGUUACAAAGAUUAUCUCAGCGAAGAGCCACAAUCUGGCAGUGGAGUACAACAUCUUUGAAGGCACUGAGGUACGCGGGGCGCCCCUGGUGGUCAUUAGCCAGGGAAAAAUCGUUUUGGAGGAUGGGAAUCUCCACACCACUGAGGGAUCCGGCCGGUAUGUGACACGUAAGCCUUUCCCUGACUACGUCUACAAGAGGAUAAAGGCUCGCAGCAGGCUUGCUGAACUGAGGGGUGUCCCCCGGGGUCUCUAUGAUGGGCCAGUCUGUGAAGUCUCGGUGACGCCCAAAGCAGUGACCCCUGCUUCCUCUGCCAAGACCUCUCCGGCCAAGCAGGCAGCUCAACCUGUCCGCAACCUACACCAUUCUGGCUUCAGCCUUUCUGGUGCUCAGAUAGACGACAACAUCCCUCGUCGCAACACCCAACGUAUUGUUGCGCCCCCUGGUGGCAGGGCUAACAUUACCAGCCUGGGCUAGACCUCCCUUCAGCCGACAGGAGAAUAAGGGGUUAGGGGGGAGGGAUGUCUAUAAACGGAGGUGCUCGCUCAGACCACUGUCAUAUCAAGUGCCAAACCCUCCAAAGGGCCUAUGAUUCUCCACUCCCUAGUCUCCCAGCCCCUUACCUCUUGCCCCAUUACCCCUGCUUUCUUUCCUGACCCUACACCACUCCCUAGAGGAGACAUCUAGAAAAAAUUAUUUGCCUCAUUUGAAGAGAAGGAAAAAUGUAACAACCACAUCUGAGCACUUCUGAUUGUAUGAUUUUUAUACUGUACUUUCUGCCCACCAUAAGUCAUGUUAUUAUUUUUGUAUUUAACUUUAUUUUCUUUUGAAAUCAGAGGGAUCAAAUGAGUGUAAUUGAAAGCUGUUGUUUAUCAGUGUUAGGUUAUUAACAAGGCAAGUUGGAGAGUUUACUGGGUUUCUCCUGUCUUUGUUUGUGGCUAAAAGUGUACUAAAUGGAUAGCUCACCUAAACUUGAAAAUUCUGUCAUAAUUUACUCAUUCUCAUGUUGUUCCAAACCUCUAUGACUUUAUUUCUUCUGUGGAACAAAAAGAGGAGAUGUGAGGCAGAAUUUUAGCCUCAGUCAUCAGGUGUUGGGUGUUACAAAGUAAUUAGUUAUUGUAUCUAAUUACUUUUAAGUUAAAAAAAAUAAUAAUGUAACUUAUUACAUUUGAAAAUCUUGUUAUUAGAUUACAGUUACUGAAUUUUAAUUAAGGUAGAUUCUUAAUUAAAUUACUUGGGUUACACAUAUUUUUUAAAUAAUAUUAUGUAAUACAUUUAAAAUAUGAAUUAAUAUGUUCAUAUGUAUGUCUGUUUGUUUCUGUGACAGCUGAAGGUUGUACUACAAUGAGCAAGGAGGAAAUAUAGACAUUAUUUUGAAUUUGUAAAAGGUGUGCUCAGUAAUUUAUUAUUUUAAGUUUUACUCCUAAAUAAAUUAUUUGUAAUUUUUAAACAUAUGAAUAAAACCAUGAUAACUCAAAUGAGAUGAAGACUCACAGUCAUAGCAGUAAAAUUAUAAAAGCAGUUUUCAUCUACACAGAGAGGGUCCCCUCAUGGGGGGGCCAUGUUAUGAUCACAUGACCAUAGAAUACUAUUCACUUAAUCUCAGUAACCAUCUUGUUAUUGGACUCUUUAACUCUUGGAUUAAAUUAAUCAUAGCUGACUGUGAAUAAUGAAUUUCUACAUGACAUCUUACAUCAUUUUGAAUGAUGCUGUGUCCACGCCACUGUAAGUCCAAGAUAGCACAUGCAAAAAUAGUUACUAUGUGCAUCUUCAAGUGGAAAAACAAAAAUGUUUCUGUGAAAAGUGUUUUAGAAAGUAACUUAAAAGUCAUUUUUAAUGUGAUUUUUUUUCUUUUUUCUUUUUUGUUUUUUAUGAAGUAAUCAGUAAAGAAACUUGAUUACAAUUUUGAAAAGUAAUUAGUAAUUUGUAGGGUAUUACUUUUUUAAGUAGCUUGCCCAACACUAAUCACCAUUCACAUUUAUUGUAUGGAAAAAGGAUGCAAUGAAAGUGAAUGGUGACUAAGAUUGAACAUUCUGUCAUACACCUUUUGUGUUCCACAUUACUGUAUAAAGAAAGUUAUAUGAUUUUGGAACAACAUGAGGGUGAAUAAAUGAUGACAGAAUUUUCAGUUUGGGGUAAACUAUCCCUUUAAGACAGGUAGGAACGUCAUUAUUCUUGAAUGUCUCAUUAGGUUAUAAUAGCCUUUUUGACCAGUAUGAACAGCUGACCAUAUUCCACCCAUGACAUUCAAUGCGAUAAUUUCCAAACCCAGUUAAUAAAAGAAAGCUUUUCCAGUGGUUAACCCACAAGACUGGGUAAUUGAAAUCCACAAGUUGUUUCACAACCAGAGAUAUUUAUGCGUUGCACUUUGAAUGUUAAUGAAGAAGAAACCGCAUGUAAAAACAAGCAGUGAGCUAAGCUGGAGAAAACAAGACUGCAAGAGAAUGCCUUUGUUUUGGCCGCAAGUCUCAUUUCGAAGUAAACACAUAAACAUUUUUUUGUUUGUUUGUUUGUUUUUUGUUGUAUAAGCUGCUUUAAAGGUGCACUCAGCGAUUCCUGAGAAACACUGUAGAUAUUCAAAGUCAGCUGCCAAAACAAACACACCCCUCCCUUCAUUGCUCCUUUGGAAGCUCCGCCCCCCAAAUUCAUGCACAUGAGACGGUUUUAUGUACACCAGCUCCAGACACUCACAACUCUCCUGCUACUAAAUCUAACAUCACAACAACAGCAUAUAUGGGUUCUGUGAAACAUAGCAAAAUUUAUGUUGCCCACCUAUCGAGAAGAAGAAGAGCAACUUCUUCAUCCGUCUUUAAGCCUUUUACCUCUCGGAGGUCUCUCCACCACUGAAAAGCCUCGCCGAUGUUGACGUGGCUCCUAGCCCUCGACUUAGCAUAAUUGUUCUUUUUUUAGUUUAUAUUCAUCUGACCUUUUUCUCUUGGUCUGUUUCUCAGCCAUUUGUCCUCCUUGGAGUUUCGAAAGCUCGCAUCAGCCAGAUUUGCUGUCGCUCUUCUAAUGAAUUUCCCUCUUGCUCUGCCCCCAUCCCCCAUCCUGUGCACAUGCAAGAACCACCCCCUGUUGCUGACUGGCUGGAGUAGUGUUGUGUGAAUCGGUCUGAUCCACUUUGUUUUUGUCCCAUUUACAGAGCCAGGGCUGUGUGCAAAUACUAGAUUUUUUUUUCAGUCCACCCACAGAAUGGACAGCUAGCAGACUGUGAGGAGAUAUUUGCAGAAUUUGACAAAAAGUAUAUUGGAUUAGAAUUACUGAGUGCACCUUUAAAUCCUAAAGGUUCCAUCCAUGAAAGUGAGGUUUGUAUUUGGCAGUGAAUGAAUAGUGAACUGUUAAGACACUCUGAGAGGUUGUAGAAACUGAACCCCUCAUAAAGACAAACUUCUGGAAGCGUUCUUGGCACAUUUGCAGCAGGUGCAAUACAUUCUAGGCACAGUUAAUAGCUAGAGAAAGUGACGAGUUUAGGUCAAGUAUAAAGAUGCAGUCGCACAAGGCUUUGAACAUGCAAAAUUACUUUGGACACUGUAACGAUUAUGGGAUAUGUUGGCACGCUCUAGGGGAUCUAUUUUUAAUUAAAAUAAAUCAUAAAUAAAAAUAAAUAAUAAUACAUUCAGAAUGUUAAAAUAUACAAUUCCCACAACAACAUUGCAAACCAUAGAGCUUUGAAGUUUCUAUUCCUUGUAUUGAGCCAAGAGAUCAAUCUGUAAGGUCUACAUCCUCUAUACAAAUUCCUUAAUUAAGGCUAUGCGAACUUUGGUACUCAGUGGAAGAUGAAAUUUCAAAGGGAGCACAUAGUCUAGUGUGAUCACACUGUAAAAGGAUAGUUGUUGUUGAAACAACAUUAGGGUGAGUGAAUGAUGACAUUAUUUGAAUUUUAGGAUGAAUUGUCCCUUUAAGAUUAAAGAGGAACUCUCUUUCUUGGUGUUACUCCACUAGUGAAGAACAUGUAAAGAUGGUGUGACACUGUGAAAUUAAAAACAAUUUCCUAAUGUUUGAGAGUAUUACGACCUAAAAACCCAGUCAAGUGCUGCCUGGUUGCCGUGCACUGCAAAUGUGCCAUAAGACCUUUAACCCCAAAUUUUACGCAGUAUUAAGUGACUAUGCAGCUACUCUCUGUGUCAGUAAAUGUGAUUUCACAGAAACGAAUGACUUCUUUUUUGUAUGUUCAACUCCAAGCUGUGCCUGAGCUGUACUGAUCCCUUUGAGUAGUCCAGUGUAAGCUUGUUCAUGUUUUUUGUUGAAAGAAUUGAAAGCCUGUUUAAUGUAAUGAUACAAAGGUGCCAGAUUGUUCUCAACUCCUUUUCAUUGUACUUUUGCAAGACUUGAUUUGUCAAAGCACCAUUCCUAACGAUUAGAUGAUGUCCAUUUUAGUGUCGUAAUGAAAUACUUAAAAUUGUCAUAAUAUCACAAAAAAUAAAAUGGAGAAAAUUCGACCAUUUUCAACUGCCCUUCGGCAGUGCCAUUAUUUAUUUAUUUAUUUCUUCUUCUUCUUUCAAAGAAUGAAUGUAAGAUUUGUCAGUGUAUGCUUGCUUACCCUGCUGAAAAAUAUCUUAAACCAGCCUAGGCUGGAUUGCUGGUUUAAGCUGGUUUAGCUGAUCUCCCAGCUUGGCCAAGCUGGUGUUCAGCAUGUUUUGGUGGUUGAACAGCCUCCUAGCAUGACCAGCUAAGUCUAAAUCCAGCUAAUUCCAGCAAACCAGUUUAGGCUGGUUUAAACUGUUUAUUUCAGCAAGAUUUCUUCUGAUUUGGUUCGAAAACACACACACACACACACAAAACAUACCCUAAAAACAUAAAGGGCAACAACUGAUUUGCUAGCCCGCUAGGUUAGCUAUGUUAGCACACUGUUUGAAGUAGAGCUAAUAAAAAUACACAUUUUGUGGAUGGUGCUUAGCCUCAUUGUCAGCCCAGAAGUAGAAAGUAAAAAGUAGUGAUAAAAAGGCUUUAACUGGUUUUAAUGUUCCUUGCUUAAAUCUCGAAAUGGAUAAGCGAUGGCAGACUAUGCUAAUUCACCCUAUUUUUCUUUUUAUACAGUCUGUUUUCAUUUAGUAAAUCCAUCCUUCAGCUGAUUUUUAUUUUUUUAUUCUCCAUCUUUUGCACAUCCGCAAAAUCUUGGCCUGUAUCAUCAUUCUCCAUUGCGUGCCUUUUCUUCUCUGUAACUCAACACACUUACUGUAUAUUCACACAUAUGAGGCAGCUAGCUCUGAUUCUUUCCAGCACUGAUAUUUGAGGUUAAACCUUGCAUUUUUGUGGUUAUUUAUAUGCAGCUGUGUUUAGUGAGAUUUUGAAAGACACUGUUGAUUGUUCCUAAAUGAGGUAACCUGCAAGAUCUCCAAAUAUAAGUUAGUAGGACACUUUCAGAGUGAACAGGCCUCUUGAUCAGUGGUUCUCAUUUGUUUUGCUUCAGGACCCAAAUUUUACAUUGGACAUCAAGUGGUGACCAACAAGAUGUUCUUUUGAUUUCUGUGUACAUUUUGUGCAAAUACAGUGAAAAGUGAGAGAAAACAGAGCCAGAAAACUGGAUUUUUUUUAAUUUAACGAUGUGCACUCACUUGCAGUUUGAAAUGUGCAUCUUUAAAAAAGGAGGCUGAUGCAAGUCUAAAAUUCCUCUGUUACCAUUUAUUGAUUUAUUAAUGAAAGCAGUGCCAAGGGUUGCUGCACUAUGGUUAACAAUUUGACAGUUUGAAAAGUCAAAUUGGCCCCUACACUCCAUGGGGGAAAUGUCUGCUUGUUAUCACCUCCUGUCUGCUAUAAUUUGUUUUCCUUUUCCUGUUUCUUGUUCCUUUCUUCCUGACCUCACUGUUUUUUCCUGUUACUAUGGCUACAUGGCCUGCUAGACAACAGGAUCGGACUCUUUAUUUGUUAUGGUAACACACUGAAAAUCGGAAGCAUUCUCCUAGCAACCCUUCUGGGCAUGGUGCUAUUAAAACAACAUUGUAUUGCUGGAUUGUUUCAACUAAAGCUGUGAUUACAAUGUAACACAAACCAUAUUUGUGCCCACCUUCCCAAACAAGACAUCUCUCAUGUCCCUACUAUCUUGGUGGCAUAUUCUACCCCUGAACUGUGAUUGAAAGGACAACACUUCAACAAAAUCAGUUUUUAAUCAGUAUUUUAUCUCGUAAAAAAAAUCUAAACAUUUUUAAAACAAGAUAAAUUUGCUUGCUAUGAGAGAAUUUAUCUUGAAUUUUUUUUCCUUUCUCCAUUGGCAUUUUGUUGUUGUUGUUUUUAAGAAUAUUUCUCAAAAUGUUGUUUGAUUUAUGCAUAGAACUAUUUGCUAAUUGGUUGAGAAAAUUAAAAAAAUUAAAAUUCUCUCAUCAUUUACUCACCCUCAUGCCAUCUCAGAUGUGUAUGACUUUCUUCUGCAGAACAAAAAGAAAAAUAUUUAAAUGAAUAUUUCAGCUCUGUAGGUCCAAACAAUGCAAGUGAAUGGGUGCCAAAAUUGUGAAGCUCCAAAAUCCAUAUAAGGGAAAAAUAAAAGUACUCCAGACAACUCUGGUAGUUAAAUCCAUAUAUCCUGAAGCGAUUUGAUAGGUGUGGGUGAGAAACAGAUCAAUAUUUAAGUCCUUUUUUACUAUAAAUUCUCCUCCCUGCUCAGUCAGUUUCCACUACUUUCACUUUCUCAUUCUUCUUCUUCAGUUUUUGGUGAUUCACAUAAUUCUUGCAUAUCACCCCCUAUGGGGCAGGGAGGAGAAUUUAUGACAAACAAAAUGAUAAAAUAUUGAUCUGUUUCUCACCCGCACCUAUCAUAUUGUGUCUGAACACAUGGAUUUAACCACUGGAGUCAUAUGGAUUACUUUUAUGCCCCCUUUAAAAAUUUUGGCACCCAUUUACUUGCAUUGAAUGGACCUACAGAGCUGAAAUAUUCUUCUAAAUACGUUAAUUUGUGUUCUGCAGAAGAAAGAAAGUCAUACACAUCUGGGAUGGCAUGAAGGUGAGUAAAUCAUGAGAGAAUUUUCAUUUUGGGUGAACUAUCCCUUUAAUAUCUUAAAAAUGACGAAUUUUGUUUCUCUUUAAAUUUUGUACGUUUUGUCUGGAAAACAAAAAUACUGAUUAAGUUCAUGAUGUGCAGUGAAGUUGGUGAUGAAAUACAGGAUGAACUGGAAACAGAAUGGCCCUAUGUGAGUUGUACAUGUCUUUACCAAGAUACCCUGCUCAGAAUGCCAUAGCCACAUACUGUAUUAUGAGCAUAUGCAAGAGUUCAUAUAAGACAUGUCUUUAGCGUUUCCUCUGAUCUCAUUUAGAGCAGCUGUCCAGCACUAACACCACGCAUUUGUAUACACACACAUUUUGCAAUGUACACCUGAAUGUUCUUCUAUGCCUGGUAUGUGAUCUGUGUCAAAUGUAGAUGGGAGUUGGAAGAUUGUUCAAUAUGAGAUUGCCAAUGGUUUAUAAUCCUGCCCCUCUGUUUCCCCUGUUGUACCCAUGAGCGCUGACCCUGUCCCCACUACAGAAGUGAAGCUGUUGUGUGCUGGUGGUGUUUAUUCUGUUGGCUGUGCAGUUUGAGGUUGCUUGCUUGCUCUGAAAAGUGUCAAAUUAGAUAGUGAUGUAAAAAAAUGAAAAUAAAUAAAAGCAAGAAAUUCC